CUUCUGGCCUCUCCGUCCUUCCAGCCUGCUCGCCCAGCUCUCCCGUCCUCCUCGUCCCCCUUCUUCUGCCCUCCUUCUCCUCUUCGUGUCGUUCUCCUUGAUUGUCUGUCUCCUUCUCUAUACUGUCCUCUUCCGCUGGUGGAUCGCAUCCCGGUUGACCGACCAAGUGCGAUCGAAUGUGUCGAUGGUGGUCGACUUGCCGAUCAACCUCCAGAUGUUCCUCCGCUGCCUGGAGUUCAGGCGCGCUCCGUCGGCUCCGCCUCGCUGCCGCCGGAGGGCGGCGACGUGGCCUCGCCGUCGCUGCCAGACAACCUGGCAGCGGCCUUGGGCAGCUUCGCCCAGAAGGUAGGCAUGGACUUCUCGGGGCCGAGCUCUCUCUGGCCCACGGUGGUUUCGCCGCAGUCGCCGCCGACGGAGUCCCAGCGGUCGCCGCCGCAGGGCACGCCCGGGGGGCCAGCGGCCGCCGCGGCGCAGCCGCCGCCCGGUGGACACGCGGACCUCCUGGCCACGGUGGACACGCCCGCCGCCGCCCGCGCGCUGCUGACUGCGUUGCAGGCUGUGCAGGAGCUGCGCGAGCACAACCUGCCGCUGCGCGAGCUCGCGGAGCAGGUCCUUGAGAGCGCUGCGGCGGCGCCAGACGACGCCUUUUCGUUCGACAGGAGGGCGACGCCGCAGCACCCGCUCGGCGCCACGGAGCACGCCGCCGCCCCCCGGCGCAGCGGCGCGGCCCCGCUGGCGCGCGCGGCCGGCUGCCACGUCCGUGCUGCCUCGCCUCACAUGGUGGAGCAGCGGCUGGUCCGCUCCGCGGUGGUGCUCGGCACCCGGCAGCUGGGCCCCCCCGGCCCGCUCCCGGACGGAGGCGGCGCGGGGUACCUGGCCGGCCACGGCAGCGCGUAUGCCGGCGUCCGCGGCGGCGCUGGCUCCUCGGUCGCUCCAGCGCCGCCCAGCGCGCCCUCCGCGGCCCGGGACGCGGCCGGCGCGGGCCCGGCCGCGGCCGUGCUGCAGGCGUCGCCCUCGCCGCAGUUCCGCCAGGUGCCGCUCGCGGCCGCUGCGCCGGUGGCGGCCGCAGCGCACACGCCGUGCCCGGGGUGGCACUCACCCAGGCUGAGCAGCGUGCGCAGCCCGGAGAUGCUGCGGAGCGUGUCGAAGACGAGCGUGGCGCACGAGGAGCCGCAGGCGCAGAGGCUAUCCCUGCCGCAGGCGCAGGAGGUGGGCGCCAACGCCCUGGCCCCCACGCCGACCCAGCUGCUGGGGAACAGGUUCUACGUGCCCAGCGACGCCGUCGGAGCGGCCUGGCGGGGGACGUCGGCGGACCGCGCGCCCGCGCGCGCGUCGCCGGCGGCGGCCACUGGCCUGCGCAGCCUGUAGUGGGGCGGAGCCUCCCAGCCUUCGCAUUCCAGCCUGCCGUUUCCCUCGGGGCGCCCCUCCAGGACGGCCUCCAGCCUCCCCGUUCUGCUCAGCGCGCGGUGCGCCAGUGCUAGCGCCCUUUCUCUCCUUGUGGGCUCCGCGAAGUGUUGGCUCAUGCUCCGCUGCCCUCUUUUUGUCAAGGGUGGAAAAACCACCCGGACUGGACAAUUGGCGUUUACGAAGCGGCUUUGGGCGUUUACUAAACAGGGGGCGCUUAGUGAACGGCUUCGCGCACGCCAAAGCGAGCGUGCGGCCGGCGCCACUCUCUGAGCGGGUGUGCAGAAGGGGCGAGUGUCGUCCUUACCACCACCUCCCGCCUGCGCUUUUCAGCCCCCUCCUCCCCCCCCGUCCGGUCGCCCCUCUUCCCCUCGCCCCCCCGUCGCCCCCGCCCACCCCCCCAGCCGGGAGGGCGCUGGGCGCCAGUCCGGGAGCCGCCCCCGCACCGUCGCCACACGGUCCCCGCCGCCGCGCGCCGCCCACCUGUAUAGGCUGUCUCGCGCCGUCUCGCGCGGGCGGGCGUUCGCAGGCCUCGUGGCCGACGACUCGUGGUGGCGCAGCCCUCGCCCUUCGAGGGCGAGGGCGCGCGGACG